CUUUGAAAUACCACAGACCUUCUGCUACUACACGACCAUCUUCCACGAAAUGGGUGCCACAAGCUUUCUGGAAAAACUGCCCAUAGAGCUGCUCCAGGCCAUUCUGUGCUGGCUGCCUGAUAUCCAGUCACUGCGUUCUGCGCUCCUGGCCGCGCCGUUUUUGUACGCCGCAUCUCGUGACUUGCUAGUCGUCAAGAGCGUAUUGCUCCACCAGCUUGACAGGAGCCUGCUUCACGAUGCUUUGGCGGCAGAUAGAGCCGCACUCAAGACCAGCUGGACUGAGACAGAGCCCAGGCGGCGCGGCUGGUGCGCUUUCAUGUGUUGAUCGACGCGUGGAUCGAGGAUAUGACGGCUCCGAUACUGGCUGCGAACAACCCUCUG